AUGGAUUUGCGCACGAUCAUGAACACCGACGGCGGCGCCUCCAAUCCUCCACCUCCAAGCAACUCUGCGAGUUCUCCCAUAUCCGAUCAAACCCCCCAAAAGCGCCCGAAGAAGGCUGCUUCUUACUCAGAAUAUCCUACACGUCCGCUCCAACCUCCCCCGUUGCAACACCCGCAGCACGCUUCGCCUGAACGAAGCUCACCUUACGCAUCUGUUCAAUCGCCAUACCAACAAUUCAACUCGGGCCCAGUGGUUAAUACAGCGGUGAGAUCUCAGCGGAGUCAGACACCUCCACACGUUUCGACACCGUAUGGUCUCGGCACGCGUGAUCCAUUUGGCGCGCCGGCAUACGGGUCGCAUCCUCAACACCCGGGUGGUCCUCUGGUUUCGCCAUACACACCACAGCCGAUGAGUGCGGGACCGCAGCAUCCAGAACAACAGUCAUAUUUCGCCCAGCAGCGUUCUCAACAGCGUUCUCAAUCACUUCAAUCGGUGAUGACAACGCCCCAAGCUCCAAUCGAAUCCUUUCGCAGCCCUCCUGUUGCAUCGCAGCCUCUUCCAUCGCAGCCUCUUCCAUCGCAACCUCUUCCAUCACAGCACUUCUCUCCCACUGCACACCGAUCUGUUCCCGGAACUCCUCUAGGUCCUCCUCCUGCCUUUGCCACUCGCCAGUCGCCAUCGACUGCCCGCCCGCCAUCCUCCGGACACGAUUCCCCCGGCAAUCCCCUAUCUAGCCCGAGGCCCACACAGGAGGCCCCGAUACGAGAUCAGGUUCCAACGCAGUCACCUGUGACUCAGCGACAGUUCUCCCCGCAUAGCUCUCAACCCUCUGAGUCGAUUCACCUCCCCUCGGGCGGCUUCAAGCAAGAACCAACCGGGAGCGCCAGUCCCCAAUCCGUCUCCCGUCAUAAUAGCAUCGUCACAGUCUCCGAGUCAGCGACUACUGGCCAAAUUCGCUCCUCCGAAGACCGAAUGCUGGUUGAGAGUCCCACUGCACAAAAGUACGCUGCAGAUUUCUUAACCUCUCCAUCGGCACCAGGCCGUCAAAUGAACAGUUCACCCUCAGGUGCUCGUGGAAGCGCCCAUGCCGCGGACAUGGAAUUCGACCACGAACCACGCGUCAAUGCCCAACAACCGAAGCAAAAAAGAAGGAGGUACAACGAGCCUCCGAUCUAUGCUCAGUUGACGCCCCGCAACACAAGCAGACGCCCAAUUAUCCCAAAUCCCCGUCCCCCAGUUCCAAAACAUGCGCGACAGACCCAGCCGGAUCCCUCGUGGGCUGCUCGCAGGCGGUCUUCCUCAAUAAUGGCCGUCACACCCGCCGUGGCACGAGUUACACGAGCACCUGCUGUUGCUCCACCAAGCGCAAGUAAGCCUCGCGUGCAAGCUCCGCCAGUUCCGCCAGCUCCAUUACUUCGUCCGCCGAGUACUUCGCAGGCGGUAGGCUCACUGGGCCCUUGGGAGCCGUCCAUUACUGGCUUCAUUCCACACGAGGAGCUCACAAAAACUAUUUGUGAUUUCUUGUUUCACCAUGCGAUCCUGAGAAAGGAUGUGAAUGCUGCACUAGCAGACGCUGCUGCUGCUGGCCAUGGGACCAUCGUUGAGAUUGAGGCAAAAUUGGGUCAUAUCAUCGACCAGGACAGCAGAGACCGGCUCCAUCUCCCAAUUUUAACCGAGAGUGUCCUCAAUCGGGAGAAUGCACGGGUUCGGACAUCGUUUGAGAGUUCAAUGACUGUGGAACAACACCGAGCCAUGAAUAAUUUCCUGAAUGAGGCCGUGAAAGCGUCAAUGCCCCAGCCCAAAUCCACCCGAAUCCCACUUGCAUACGUUCACAAGAAAGAACGCGACACCUUUUAUGAGAUUCAAACAUCUGAUUUGCCUGAAGUGAUCCAUAAAAUCUUGAAACCGAGACACAAACCCAAAGUCCGGGUGACAACCGAUGAACGAACCGGUGAAAUUCUCGCAAAAAUUGUCAAAUGUCGAGUUGCCGACAUGGACGUCUGUAGUCCACAGACCAAUGUGGACUGGCGCGUCAGUGUCAAUCUGGAAAUGGAAUACACAGGCGACCUCAGCAAUCUCCCAGUGAUAGAUACAGCGGUCACAAAAGGCGCACGAGGCGAUCGCAUCAAAGAUCGCAUGAGCUACCGCCACUUGGCCUACCAGGUGGACUUGACCCAAGUAGCCAAAUCCGAUCAACAACCGGGCAAGAAUGAGUUCGAGCACGAGCUUGAAAUUGAAGUUUCGGCUGAGGAAAUUCGUCGUCAGGGCCAGCUUGCUAUGUCGGGCGAUCCCAAGAAUCAGUACGAGGACCUCGUCAAGGGCUUUGUGGAUAAUAUUCGUCUGCUGGCUCGAGCGGUACCACGAUGA